GCCGUGGCAAAAGGCAGAUGCACAUUGAAAUAUUCGUGCGAAAUGACUUUUACAUCGCAUUUAAUCCUCCUCCUCGUAUUUAGUGGAUCUUGUAAGGUGAUAGAAAGUGCGGAUCAGAAUGGUGACCAGCCGAACGUGAAUGAUCUUUUGAAAGUGUUUUCCGAUCGGUUAUCCAAAAUUCCCACGAAAGACGACCUGGCCGCAUUGGAGACCAGAUUUAACGCGAAAUUGGAUGGAUUAAAAUCUGAUUUGCAAACACUAAUCAAUGGAGCGAGUAAUAAGCAAGAACAAAGUCAAGAGGGAAAAAAAGAGCAUGGAAGGAAACGGAGGUCGAUGCAGUCAUCAUUUAACGAGACGUGCCAAUUUGUUGAGAAAAUCCUUACCGUUCAAAAGGAUCAGGCCGCAGUCUUGGAGGAAAUAAGGAAUUCUACUGCCGAAUUACUUAUAAGCGUUGGGGCCAUCCUGGAGGGUGCAGGACCAUACCAAUAUAACGCAUCCGAAAUCCCACACCUGAAGACUAGCGGCCAACAUGGCGAGACGAAAUUCUGCGGGGAUGAUUUAGAUCGUGCUAGUUCAACGUUUCCCAUAAAGCAACUAAUUUGCGACCAAGCGUGGAUCACAAUUCAGCGAAGAGGUACUCCAAACGCAGGAUGGAAUGACACAACCGAUUUCGAAAGGAAUUUAACCGAUUAUGUAAAUGGUUUUGGUCUCCCCCUUUAUGGCCAGGAUUUCUGGAUUGGUUUGCAAACAAUCCAUGAGCUAACAGAGGCGGAAUAUACACAGUUGCGGGUUGAUCUCGAGGAUUGGGGUGGAAACAAAGUAUACGCGACAUAUAGCGAAUUUAAAGUGGGCGGUGCACAGGAUAAGUACAACUUAACAGUGAGCGGAUACAAUGGAACGGCAGGGGAUUCCCUUAGUCGGAAUUCUGGGAAGAAAUUCACCACAUAUGCAUAGAUCGGAGAACUCCGGGCUUGGAGUACGUACUCCGACCUCCGGAGGUUGGAGUACGUACUCCGACCUCCGGAGGUUGG